UUAAUCGAAAAGAUGCCCCCCAAACAGCCGGAUAUCCAAGAAAGCAAGAAACUUUCCUGGUUGCUUCGCCACGGAGCCAAGACGGAGAACAUCCCCAUCACGCUGGACGGCUAUGUCAGCGUGUCCGACCUGGCGAAGCAUCCGCGCUAUAAAUGCUUUUCUUUGGAGAAACUGCAGGCGAUUGUGUCCGCGGACGCCAAGCAGCGAUAUAGUCUGCGCUGGAAUAAGGAUCGCGGCGUCCAUGAGAUCCGCGCCAACCAGGGUCACUCGCUGUCUUCGGUGGUGGACAGCGAGGAGAGCGGUCUCGAGAAACUGACUAAUCCGACUCUCCUGGCGGUUCACGGCACCUACUACAGACACUGGGAGGCAAUAAAGGACCAAGGUCUGAGCAGGAUGAGUCGCAACCAUGUGCAUUUUGCCAGCAGCGACAGAACGGAGUCCACCCUGAGUGGGUUCCGCGGCAAUUGUCAGAUUCUGAUAUAUCUCGACACCGCCAAGGUGCUCUCGGAUGGCAUACCGAUCUACCGAUCCAGCAAUGGGGUGCUCCUCUGUCCCGGCGUCGAGGGCAUCAUAGCCACAUCGUACUUCGAACGAGUGAUUGACAGGAGAACGGGGCAGCCGAUGGCUUACUGA